AUGGAGGAUAACCUAGACGGAGUGUGUCAUUUGUGUCUCAGUGGUGAAAUUACCGACCUAAAUGUUUUAAACGACCGGGAACUAGUAGUGAAGAUAGGUCGAGUAUUUUAUUUCACGCUAACACCACUAUCGCAGUCAAGCGGGCUCAUCUGCGGUACAUGCAAAACGACCAUAGAAGAAUUUUACUGGUAUGCGGAACAAGUAGCAAGGAAUCAGCAGCAAUUGAGAGACAAGAUACACCCGAAUCUGCCUACAGAAAAUCGGCAGGAAAAAACUGAACAUUCCGCUGAAAACCAUGAUUCCUUGAUAGUGGAUCCUUUAUCAAGCGAGGUUAAGCUCGAGAAAUUCGUUGAGCCAAAUGACGACUCAAUGACUAUCGAUGAGGGGAAUGGAAAUUGGACGUUAAAAGAAGAAAGGGAUGAUGUUCCGACAUCAGAUUCCGAAACCGAACAGCUACCAGCCCAAAAUAUUCCGAGUGUUGCAAAAAAUGAGCAGAUUGCUGUAGAUCCCUCCCAAGUUAAGAAUGAACUUAUGAAAGCAUCAUAUGAAGACCCAUCGACACACGAUGUUCAGACCGUUUCUAAAAAUGCAGUUAUUGAUGAGGAGCCCUCUCAAGUUGCACAAAAUGUGCGCAUAGAAAACUCCGACCAAGCAACCGAAGGCGAACAGUCCAGCAAUGAUCAAACGACCAAACUCACCCCGGAACAGUUGGUGCUGAAACAUUACAAACUAACGUGCGACCUCUGCUCGGCACCGCUGAGCGAUUUUAGCGAUCUACACAAGCACUAUAAACUUACGCACAAAGUAACGGGCUACUUGCGGUGUUGCAACAGAGCGAUCCACAAGAAAUGCUGGAUGAUAGAACACCUGCAGCUACAUCUAAAUCCGGACACCUUCCGAUGUGAACAGUGCGCCAAAAGUUAUUCCUCCAGCAAAGUUCUCAAAGAGCACAUGAAGGAGGUCCACGCUUCGGCAACGGAACGUUCCUUUCCCUGCACCACAUGUCGCAAAGCUUUCGUUUCGCGCUCCCACCUUAAUGCACAUAUAAUGGUGGCGCACGGUACAGUUCCGUGUACGCAAUGCGAAAAGGUGCUGUCUAGUCAGGGCUCACUGCGGAAACACCUUGUCGCGGUCCAUGGCGAGGGUGAAAAGCAUGUAUGUGAGGUGUGUGCCCGAGUGUUUCGGUCCAAGCAGUGCUUCGAUGCGCACCGGAAAGAACACGAAGGACGCCGGCUAGAGGACAAGGUGCAGUGCGAACUGUGCAUGAUGUGGCUCAUGAACAAGUACUGUCUUACGAAGCAUAUGCGCCGCAAACAUACGCAACCGGAAGCUGGUGAAGUGGUGUGUCAGACGUGCGGAAAACAUGCACCCAACCCGGAGGCGCUAAAACAUCACGUCCGGAGCGUUCACAGUGAAAGCCGGUUCGAGUGUGAAUGGUGUCAUAAAAAGUUCAACCGACCGCAUCAUAUGAGGGAACAUAUUGCAAUUCACCAUACGGGCGAGGAACUGUAUGGUUGCCAGCAUUGUUCAGAACGAUUCAACACAAAAAACAAGCUGUACUCUCACCGUAAAACCGUUCAUCCGCAGGAGUUUGCUGGAGAGUUAAGGAAGCGAAGGUUAAUAGAAUAA